GAUUUAUUGAAUUCAGGAUGUCGGAAAGUUCGACUUCUUCUAAUGGAGCCGCCAGUUCGCAACGGCGAGGUGCACUUGGACCCGCGGACCGUAUGCAACGCAUGCUGGAAAGUGGUGAUUUGUCCGAUGUGCAGUUUGAAAUAGGACGACACUUCGGGUCAGCUAAGACUUUUCGAGUGCACAAGUAUAUGCUAAGUAGCAGCAGCGAUGUGUUCCACACCAUGUUUUGCGGGAGCUUACCCGAGAAGUGUGCCGCUCCGAUCGACAUUCCUGAUGUUCCUCCCGCCGCCUUUCAGAGGAUGCGCGAAUUCAUCUACACGGAAUCGAUUGUUGUGACUACAGACGACGUUUUCCCCACGAUGCAAUGUGCGGAUAAAUACGAUCUGCCGCGGCUGGUUGAUCGUUGCUGCGACUUCGUCUUCAAAGAUCUCCGAAUUAGCAACUGUCUGCUACACGCAGAGAAUGCACUGGCUUGGCCUGUUCAUACCGAUAACAGUAUGGUGGAGAAUUGCCUGCACUUCGUGGAUAUGCACUGUGAAGAGGUUCUCCAAUCGGAACAAUUCACGCAGCUGAAGCACACCACAGUGCGAAAAAUUGUUGAACGGGAUACUCUUUCUGUGCAUGAAAAUGUCAUCUAUGCCGCGGUUGAUACAUGGGCGGUGGCUGCCUGCACCCGUGAUAAUCUGGAGCCGUCGGUGAACAACCGGCGCCAAGUGCUGGGUGACAUCCUUUACCUGAUCCGUUUCCCGCUGAUGACGGACGCUCAACUGGCGGAUGGUCCCGCUGGUAGUGGUCUGCUGCUACCCUCCGAAGUAUUGGAAAUCUACCUUUACCGGCAUGCUGCCACAGUGAAAGGACAACUGCGCUUCACCACGCAGUCCCGAAACUUCCCGAUCAUCCGUGUCGGCGAUAUGGCAUUCCGGGAGCAAGAGGAAAUUUUCGUGGAGAGAAGUCAGCACUGGUCACCGGCCCACGUGGUCGGGGUGCGUGGACUAGGCGUUGUCUGUCAGCUUCCGUAUUCAAAGCAGACCGUGGUGACCGCAGCGGAGAAGUUUGUUCGGGCCUCGGACAUUCUGGCCAGUGGACAAAAAAUUCUGUGGUCUGCUCCCAGUCUUCGAGGCCGCUAUGUGGAGGUAACGUACAAGAUGCGACAUUUGGGAGGCCACCGUGUCAAUGUGUUGGGAACCGAGCGGGUGGUGUUGUUCGGGGAUAUUGCUAUUAAAUGCGAUUCAGUGGAAGCGUGGAAAAGAGCGCAGGAGGAGAGCGCCGAGAGGAAUACAUCGGGAGAUGCCACGCGGAAACGCUCACUGGAUGCGGCUAAUCUUGCCUGA